GCGUGGGUCAGAAAAGGAGGAGACAACCAUGGCAAACAAGCAUUGUGUGCUGUCAUAUAUGCACCUCUGUUUACCAAUUUAUUAAAAAGGAACACUACGCAAACAUACCCUGGCAAGAUUUUGGUGCUGUGGGUGUAGACUGCAGAUCAAGUCAGGACACGCAAAGCUUAACAUUGGAUGAACAUCUCAGUUUUAUAAUUCGCUGCUGUUUACCGAAGCGUCUCAACAAAGGGUGAAGUUAUGUCAGUUAUGUAUGUUCUGGGCGUCCUUACAAAACAACCUUUCGUCGAAAAUACACACUUGUAUCCGAUGCGAAACGGAAAAACGGCGUUUGGACUGAAUUUAUACAUCUGACUUUCGAUUGUCGUUUUUGAACGCCAGUUCACGUGCAACAUGGAGACUUUCGAGACAGCCGUCGAUCAAAACCAAAACGACACCAUUCAAACGAAUCUGUCUUUCGAGAAAUCGUUUUCGUCUUUGACGGUGGACGAUGUAUAUGAGAUCGCUAAAGUAGUGGGAUGGGAAGUGGAGAAGCUUAUAGAUAGCUAUGGCAAAGCUAGCGUGGAGGGUCUGGUGUCUCGAAUAGUGAAAGUGUUGGAGCACCUGGAGAGUUUCGCGGCGACAAAUCAAGCUCAAAAAUGCAAAGAAGAGGAACUAUUGAAAGCUUUUGAGUCGCUACAGUUACAGCAGAAGAAACGACAUGUGAAGGAUUGCGCCGAGACAAACGUCACCUCUGACAGUCGGGACUGGCAUCAGAAAGAGCAGACGAUGAAAGAGACUGUAGAUGGGUUGCAGGCACAGGUGCAACUGCUGAAGGAAGAGAACCAGGAGCUUUUGAGCCGCUUACAAUGCACACACUCAAAAGAAGACCGCACGCAGCGGCAGGAGCGAGAGGUGAUGCUGAAGCUGAAGGAAGUGGUGGAUAAGCAGCGCGAUGAGUUACGAGCGAAAGUUCAGGAGAUUUCCAGCAUGUCCAGUGAGGUUGAAGCGCUCCAGGAACAGCAGGACAGGUUGAUGAAGAUAAACGCAGAGCUCAGGCACAAGCAAAACAUCAUACAGGCUCAGGUAAAGACUGCAGUGGAGAGGAGAGCUGACGUGGAGACUGACCUGUGCGAGAAACAGAAGGAGAUAGAACGCCUGACAUCACAGCUCGAGAAAGCCAGCGUGCAUACUGCAGCUAACACGAUUAGUUCGGCCAUUGACCUCACAGAUAAGAUGAUCAUUGACCUGAAGGAUCCAAAUCGGCCGUGUUUUACCAAGCAGGAAGUACGGGACAUGCUUUUUGAGAGGAAUGAGUUGAAGGCCAAUCUCUUUCUAGUGAAAGAGGAGCUUGCGUAUUACCAAAGGGAAAUCCUGAAUGACGAGAGAUGUUCAGGAUUUUUACUUGAUGCUGUGCGCUCUGCCAUUAAGAAACAGAGAACUGUCAUCAAGGCGAAAAUGCUUGGCAUACCUGUUAGCGAAUGCAGCACUGAUGAAAUGGAUGGUCCUCUGUUUGAGAGGAGCGGAGAGGAACAUAAAGAUAAUGACAAUGACAGCACAGACAACAGGCCCCAAGAAUCACGCAUCAGAAACCUAUUUGGCUUCCUAACGCGGUCCAGUAUUACCAAAACUUCUGGUUCCCAGGCUUUCAGUCUCCCGACAUCCAGCUCCACAUGGGAAAUUCUUAAUCCAAAUGAGCAUGAAAAUGUAGAGGAGACAGAGAUCCUCUAUUCAUCUUGAACCAGCCCACCUGGCACAACGAAAAGCUGCUCACCUUGUAUUUGAAAGUGGAGAUGCCGAGAUGAUAGAAAUGAUCAGAUUGUAUUAAGAGAAAAUAAUUUCUUUGUGUAUUUGAUUAUAAGAACAUGUUACUGCGGUAUCGCUGCAUAUGCAGCCAUAUUGUACUUUAACUACAAAAUAAUUUAAGCACUUGUCUUAUGUUAACUUCCCUGAUGGCAGGAGUUUGGACUGAUGCUCACUCGAUAGGCAACCUGAAGCUGAAACAGGUCAGACCGUGAUCACACACUUCCCAUUAUAUUGUCGAAUGGCAAAUAUAAUUAAGCAAUUUUUAAGUUGACUUCCCAACAAUGUAAAUAAUGGGGUUUGGUGGCACUUUCCUAACUUUUUCUGUUUUUAUUAACCCAGUAUGUCAACAUAUGUCUAAGCCUAUUAUGUACAUUUGAGGCGGUACUGACUAGUAAGCUGGGUAGCUGGAAAUGAACUAGUUUGUGAUAAUGGGGAUCAGGGUGUUUGGGUAAUAUUUUUAUAAUUUUGCACUUCUAGGUGUUGCAACCAGUGACACACAAAUUGCUUUACCUUAAAACGCUGCAGACUGGUAGUAUGUAUAAGCAAUGAGAGUGAUCUACAGUAUUUCGAUAAUAAUACUCCUUCUGUAUUUUUUGUGGCACCCAUUUUACGCCACAAAUGUCUGGGUAGACUUUCUAGUUUGCUCUUAAACAGCAGAGUAUUUUGUAAGUUAUUUUUGUAGAGAGGAUAUUUAACAUAGAUUUGUAACCAAAGAUGCUGACAUGACUAUCAAAGAUAAUCACAUUGACCUUUUAUGUCACAAGGGGGCAUUAGAGUGUUGUGUGUUCAUGUUAGUCCAACAUAAAACAUUAUUAAUUGUUUGUUCCUAAGAAGAGUCUAUUUUGUACCAGUUUUAGUAGAUAUUUUUAGCAUGCCUAUGUGUGUUAUAAUUGUAUUUUAAAAAAUAAGAAAAGUUUAAAAUAUAUUUUUAAAAUGAAUAAUAGUUGGUCAGCCAACUGUAUUUGUAUCCAACAUGUAAUGUUAUGCAGUAUCAGUGCCGUGGAGCUCUGUGUCCAUUUGUUAAUCCAAAAUAAUGUCAACCUGUUGGUAAAAAGCAAAAUACUGUGCAAUACAAAAAAAUAAAAUGCCUAAAGUGUGAUUGAA